UAAAAAAUAAUUAAAACAUCGAAAUGUUCGCUAAGAUCCUUAUAGCAGCUGCAGUGGUAGCAGUAGUCGCGGCGCGUCCACAGGACGGUCACCACGAACACCACCACCACGCCUCCUCCUCACAGAGCAUCAAGCAGUACCACGGGAAGGCUACUGAGAAACACGUCGAGUACUAUGCUCAUCCCAAAUACGAGUUCGCGUAUGAAGUUAAGGACCCUCACACCGGUGACCACAAGUCCCAGCACGAGUCUCGUGAUGGUGAUGUCGUGAAGGGUGUGUACAGUCUGCAUGAGCACGAUGGAACCAUCAGAGUGGUUGAGUACCAUGCUGACAAAAAGACUGGAUUCAACGCCAACGUGAAGUUCAUUGGUCACGCCAAGCAUAUCGUUCCUGAACACUACUCCCAUCACUAACUGAGCAAACCCAAUCGUUGUUAUUGA